AUGGGCAAGGACGCUGAUAUCUCUGCGAACGAGCGGGCGUUCAUCCUAGAAGCUCUCCACAAGAACGUGCGACUCGAUGGCCGUGGAUUCGACCAAUUCCGCCAUCUGGAGCUGACCUUUGGGGAGGAGCAUGGAAAUGUCAAGGUACAGCUGGGGAAAACUGCUGUUCUUGUGCGCAUAUCAGCAGAGUUAACGACCCCGCGGCCGGAGCGUGAUUGCGAUGGAAUAUUCACGGUCGUCGUCGAGCUGAAUGAUAUGGCUCUUCCGGGGUAUGAGACUGGCCGUCAAUCCGAGCUGGAGGUCAACCUGUCACGAACUCUCGAUAAAAUCGUGCGGCGUUCCAAUGCGCUUGAUACGGAGUCGCUAUGCAUUGCAAAGGGAACAAUAUGCUGGAACGUCCGAGCAGAUAUUCAUAUUCUAGACUGUGACGGAGGCCUGAUUGACGCCAGCUGUCUUGCGACCAUGGCUGGUCUGCUUCAUUUCCGGCUACCCGAGUCCGCCGUGCGUGACGGUGAAGUUACCGUCUUCACAACGGAGGAGAAGGUACCGGUAUCACUGAACCUCACCAAGCUUCCGCUGUCAGUGACGUUCACCCUGUACGACGAAGGCAAGAUCGUGCUCCUCGACGCCACGACGAGUGAAGAGGCCGUUAGCGAGGGAUCUCUUGUGAUUGCCCUGGACAAGACGGGGGAGAUUGCCUUGUACACGAAGCCAGAUGGGGCGCCGGCCGAUCCAGUGAAUAUGGUUACAUGUUCGAAUCUUGCAUUGGAGAAAGUCAGGGAGCUGAACAAAUUCAUCUCGACAAAACUGGACGAGGACAAGCAGAUGCGGGAGAAGAAACGACCGACGGCCGAGCUAAGUGCCGCCAACGAGAGAUGA